GACACUAAUUUAUGGUAAGCGAGUUGGAAACUUCCAAAUCCGCUCCUCCUCAUCAUUUUCACCAGUGAUGACUUCCCAGUGAUGAACUGGGUUAGUGGACGUCUUCAAACACUCCUUGCUAAUAUCCAUUCACCUCUUCGUUAAAUUUGACUCUUCCUUUACAAUCCUAAUUUCUUAGCUCAUCAAUAUGCACAAUUCUUCUAAUAACACUCCACAAAAGCUGGAUCAAAGCACAAAUGGAGUGGAUGAUUCACGGAUGAUGACAAUUGAUUACCUUCGGGCAAGAUUACACUCAGAGAGAUUGAUUUCGAAAGCAGCGAAGGAGAAAUCUGAUGAGCUUGAGAAAAAGGUUAAGGACUUAGAAGAGCAACUGAAAGUUGUGACUCUUCAGCGGAAGAGGGCCGAGAAAACAGCUUUAGUUGUUCUUUCGUAUUUAGAUAGUAUUGGGAUUAAUGAUAUUUCGGAGGCAUAUGAAUCUGAUUCAAAUGAGGAAGAAUCUGAGUGGGAAUCAAAUAUGGAGACCAAUAUCAAUGAUGAAUUGGAAUCUUCGAAAAUUAAAGGAAAUGGAAAGGAGUCAUCAGGUUCGGAGCAUGAUUCUACUCGUUCAUCUAGUAGGUCAUUGUCUUGGAAAGGCCGCAAGGAGAGUACUCGACUCCUUAAGAAAAGUGUGGAUUCCCCCACACAAACCCGAACUAACCUUGCUCUGCUCAACUCGUUGCCUAGGCAUCGCCUUGGGAAAUCAUGCCGUCAAAUCAGAAGAAGAGAACUGAGAUCAACAAUUGAGCAGUCUAGGAAUGACUCUAGUAACUCAAAUGCGCAAGCUGUUAAUGGUUUGGAAUGCUUGAAUUGUUAUCUGAAUGGCUUGGACUUCAGUAAUCAGGAAUCAAAGAAAUCUCCUGAGAAAAGCACUGAGAGAGGUUCUCGAAAGAACGAUUUUUCUCACUCCUUUCAAGCUCAAACCCCAGAAUGUAGUUCUAAUAAUUCUACUCAUGAACGUGAAUGCAAUGGUGAGAUGGAAAGAGCUAUUAAACAUCAAGCUCAGUUAAUAAGCUGCCAUGAAGCUCAAGAAAAAGCUCAAAGAGAUUGGGAAGAGAAAUAUGGAGAAAAUAAUGAUUCAUGUGAACCUGGUAGCCAUUCAGACGUCACAGAGGAAAGAGAUGAGACCAAAGCUGCUGUUCUUCAGACGGCUGAGGUUGGUUCUUCCCAUGGCCGUGAUCAUGAGCAGAAAACUAACGUAGAAACUAAUUCUCAGGGAAAAAAACCAUUAAUGACUCAAUUUAGUAGUUUCAAGAUAUCUCCUGAUGCUGAUAGAAAUGUUUCGGAAAAACAUAACUUCAGUGAGAUGCAGCUGUCAACUUCCACUCUUGAUUUUGCCUUCUCCGUUGGGACCAAUAAUCAAUCUGUGUUGCAUACCCCGAGACACUCGCCAUAUUGUCAUGUUGACCCAUCACACAGUGGUAGUUCUAUUUACGAGUCAAAACCCAUACAAAAUCAAAGUGGAAAUUUUGCUCUCGUACGCCAUGAAGAACAUGCGAAGCUAGGAUCAGUUCUUGAUGCCCUUCAAGAAGCCAAGCUAAUGAUCAAACAACACAUGAAUAGUUUACCAAAAAACGGGGUAUCCAUCGAGAGAGCGAUCGAGACUUCUAUUCCUGCCAACACAGAAGCCGAUUGGUUGAAACUUCCAGUCAGAUGUCCGGGUCUUUUCCGAGUUCCUACCGAUCAUGAGGGUCAAGUUUCUAAUCAGAAUAGGUUUCUCGGUCCAGUUUAUCCAUCUGAAUCAUUUAGUUCAACUCCUAAUGCAGGAACUGCUGCAGUACAAGGACACCCAUAUAUUUCUGGGCAUAUGGGUUUGAGACUUGGCAUUUCUAGAACCGAUCCCUACUUCACCACCCCGGUGUUAACUCCAGAAUUUGAUAUCUCAAAUAGGCAGCCAGGAUUUGAGUUUCGUGACAACAUAUCGGAUAUCAGAAAUGCCAAUUCACUACCACAUUCAAGUUUUCCGGACUUUUUCCCACGUACAUCAUCAAAUCAGACGAUCUACAGUCAGUUUUCACAGCAUGAAAUCGGCGAUGCCUCUCAUCUGAAUACGUAUCCUUCCAGAAUCAUGAGGUUAGACUGAAUACAUAUAUAGAUAUUUACAGUAUAUGAGACUAUGAAUUACUCAAACUUGCAUUAAUUGGUUAGCUUCCUACUUGCUUCGUGCAUUCGAAUGAGUUAUCUGGUUGAUGUUACCAUUUGGUUGAUCCCUCGAUCCUAUAGUUAGAGGUUCGACCUUCCAACAAUCAAUGUAGCUGGGUAGCAGGGUUUCGAAUGAAUUACUAGGAUGAGUACAUAGUGCUGACUUCUUAUAGUAGCCUUGUGUACAUUGUAUUAUAGAAGUGCAGUUGGUAAAAAUAUUGAUUUGGUAUUUGCUUCUUGUGAUUACAACUCCAAUUUGUGUUUCA